AGGAGGUUUUCCAGCCUCGGGCUGGUUUCAUUCUGCCCCCAGCCCUUAAUAUGGAGACGUUUUGCCUGGGCCUUUCAUCAAACCCUGCGCCAAUUCUCUUAAUGGAGUGGAAUUCUAAAUGCAGGCCCUGCCUCCGAAGCUGUGCCCAGGAGCUAUUGUUCCUGGUGCGGUGUAGACAUUUGGAGCACUACUACAUUCAGACCAUGCCUUUCUGCAAUAAAAAAUAGAGGAAGGUGUCGGGGAAAGAAGGUGUCCACCGUGUCAUCAACAGGUCCCCAGCCUCACCUGAAAAACUGGAGCGUGAUGUUUUGGGUGUUGGCCUCUCUCCUGGUGCUGGCAGAUGGUGUUCUCCUUGGGACGGGCAGAAGGGUGGAGCCCAGCCCAAUGAUUGCACGAGACCCAGAUAAGGUGGGCUGGCAUCCUGCCGACAUCCCUGAAGUGGAAGAACUUGGUGAGGGAAGAGAAAUCCGCUCUGCCUGGGGUGGCCUUUUUGGGAAUCCAUCUCUAUCAGAGGAAGUGGAGGAUCACCAGAGCCGGUGGGCACGUUCCCCAGGCAGAUCCGCCUCUCCCAAGACCUCGAGGAAGAACAGAAAACCCAAGGGUAGCCGGGACUGCCGGAUAGAGAGGACGAUGAUCAGCGUUCGAGACCUGGGUCUGGGCUAUGACUCGGAUGAGGUCAUCCUCUUCAAGUACUGCGUGGGCACCUGCGAGGAUUCCCGCAAGAACUAUGACCUUGCCCUCCGAGCCCUGGUCAAAAAGGGGAACAUCUCUGCCAAGAGGCUGAGCGCCCGCCCCUGCUGCCGGCCCACCCGCUACGACACCGUGUCCUUUAUGAACGCCGACACUGCCUGGGAGACCAUCGACCUGCUGUCGGCCGCCAACUGCAGCUGUGUGGGCUGAGGGGCCGGCGCUCUCCCUGUGAGCGACCGCCUGGUUGGAAGAGAAAGAGAGCGGUGGAUGCCGUCGGACAGGGGUGGAGGCCGAGGCAGGGAGUGGCGGAGGGAAGGGAGCCCAGGACUCGGGCUCGCCACGUCCGCUAGCACAGGGUCUUCGCUCCCAGGUCUGAGAGCUUCCCUCCACCUGCUGUGCUGGGGAGCUGUGGGUUGUGACUCCUCAGUAAUGCCGGCGAAGAGAACUUCAUGAGUCCUCCAGGGUGGGCUUUUCUACUUACUGUGGACAGAGAGCAAGCAACCCUGAAUUUUCUCAAGUGGAAGUUUUCUUGUCUCCAGUAGAGAAUGUCUUGGAAGUGAACAAUAUUGGUCCAUGUAUGGAAUGGCAGUUAAGACAGGGAGUGAUUAGGGAUGAAAUCUGAGGAUGUUACCAGUUUUUUGAAAGGACCUGUCUAGCCAUUGAAGAAGGGAGUUAUGGGACAUGGGAGAUAUUUUGUGCAUUGUGUACUUAAAUGGCAAGCUCCAUGUCCCUUUUGGAAACCGUUCAUGGAAGAUACUGCAGAGGGCAACCACAGAAAGGGCCACAGCCAAGCAAACUUGGGGAUUUGGGAGCCAAAGAGCAGUUCUCCAAUGACCUUAAGAUUAAAAAGUCGGAAGAUUGUUGGUUUUGGUUUUGGUUUUCUGAGCAAAUUUCAGAGUUUCUCAGAAACCAAAACACUGCACAGACCAUGAUGUACAAGAAUAUGUCUGUGUCAAGCAUCAAACAUGCAUAGGGUUUACAUUGUUUUCAAUGAUCCAUGUGCUAUGACUAUAUAUAUGUGUUUUUUCUGAAGUGAUGGUCCUUACUGUGACACUUAGAAUUUUCCUACCUUGGCAGAUCAUCCCAAUAAUGUUGUAUAUAGCUUGGCCAUUCAGGCAAGUGGGAAGUGAGAGCUCAACAAGUCUACGUAAGUAAUUUGGACAUAAAGAUGUGGUGAUUCAUUUGAUGGGUUCUUCUACUCUUGUCAUUACCUGAGACUAAAUCAAGCAGAGAUGUGGAAAAAAUAUUUACUGAUGGCUAGACUUAUUCUAUAUUCAAACUUUUGACAUUAUAUGUCCACUAUAAAUGCAUCACUGAUCAAUAACCUGCUCCCAUAUCUUUGUUGUUUGAAGUGAUUGUGGUUUGCAACAUCCAUUCGUCAAUAUUGCUCCAUUUCUAAGUUAAAGUUAUAUCUAAUGGUAGUUUUGACACUGCAGUUUUCCCUUUGGCCAAUUGAAUAUAUAUUAACUUUAAUGCAGUUGUAUAUGGCUCUAUUGAGCAAUCUCUUUCAGGUCAGGUCAGGUCAGGCCAGCACGUCAUCAAAAACAUGAGGAGUUAUUAUUUGGUUAUGCUUUGUAAUAGGGGUAACAGGGGUAGGAACUGUGAGUCACUGGACCACAGUAGUCACAUUUUGUGAUCGUUGAUGGCAAUUCAUACAUUCUGUGAAGAGAAAGCCUUUUUUUGUUUACUUUCAUGUGGCUCAUCCAUAAAUUCAGAUUGUAUUGAAUGAGUGUAUC